CACAACCAUUUUCGCCACAUUUGAGCAAAUCUACGGCAACGUCGCUGCUUAUUUUUGUCUCGUGAAUUAAAGUGAAUAUUUCCGGCUAGUGAGCUUCCGUUGUGGACACUUUUAAUAGCUGUUUCUCUGUCAAAUGUCAGCUUUGCGUGUAUGAAGCCAGGCAAUGUCCACCAUGGUGUAUCCUUGUGAAGAAGCCCUGGAGCGACUGAGCCAGGAUGAGAUCGUGCUCAACACCAAGGCCGUCAUGCAGGGGCUGGAGACGCUGCGUGGCGAACAUGCCCAGCUCCUCAACUCCCUGCUGGACUGCACUCAGCCUCCCGCCGCACAGGAGAAGUCCGGGCUGCUCCGCAAGAGUCUGGAGGCCAUAGAGCUCGGCCUGGGAGAGGCUCAGGUGAUCAUCGCCCUGUCCAGCCACCUCAGUGCCGUGGAGUCAGAGAAGCAGAAGCUGCGCGCUCAGGUGCGCCGGCUGUGUCAGGAGAACCAGUGGCUGCGCGAUGAGCUGGCGGGAACGCAGCACAAGCUGCAGCGCAGCGAGCAGAGCGUCGCUCAGCUGGAGGAGGAGAAGAAGCACCUGGAGUUCAUGAAUCAGAUCAAGAAGCUGGACGACGACGUGUCGCCCUCUGAGGAGAAGAGCCAGAGUUCAGGCGGCGGCGGCAGUGGAGCAGGAGACACUUCCAAGGACAGUCUGGAUGAUUUGUUCCCCAACGACGAUGACCAGGGACCAGCUCAGCCCAGUGGCGAGGUUGCGGCGCAACAGGGCGGUUACGAGAUCCCGGCACGUCUCCGGACGCUGCAUAACCUGGUGAUCCAGUACGCGUCGCAGGGGAGGUAUGAGGUCGCAGUGCCGCUGUGCAAACAAGCCCUGGAGGACCUGGAGAAAACGUCAGGACAUGACCAUCCCGACGUGGCCACCAUGCUCAACAUCCUGGCCCUGGUGUACAGAGACCAGAACAAGUACAAAGAGGCGGCUCACCUCCUGAACGAUGCCCUCGCCAUCAGGGAGAAGACACUGGGGAAGGAUCACCCAGCCGUGGCGGCGACGCUCAACAACCUGGCCGUGCUUUACGGCAAGAGGGGGAAGUACAAGGAGGCUGAGCCCCUGUGUAAGAGAGCGCUGGAAAUCAGAGAGAAGGUUCUGGGGCGGUAUCAUCCAGACGUGGCCAAGCAGCUGAACAACCUGGCCCUGCUGUGUCAGAACCAGGGAAAGUACGACGAGGUGGAGUAUUACUACAGGCGAGCACUGGAGAUCUACGAGUCCAAACUGGGAGCCGACGACCCAAAUGUGGCCAAGACCAAAAAUAAUCUGGCCACGUGCUACCUGAAGCAGUCAAAGUUCAAAGAUGCAGAGGCUCUGUACAAAGAAAUCCUGACCAGAGCACACGAGAAGGAGUUUGGAUCCGUUAAUAAUGAUAAUAAGCCAAUCUGGAUGCACGCGGAGGAGAGGGAAGAAAGCAAGGGAAAGCGUAAGGACUCUGGUCCAUAUGUAGAGUAUGGGAGCUGGUAUAAAGCCUGCAAGGUAGACAGCCCGACAGUGAACACAACCCUGAAAAGCUUGGGAGCUUUAUACCGUCGCCAGGGGAAACUGGAGGCGGCAGAGACGCUGGAGGAGUGCGCCAGCAAGUCACGUAAACAAGGUAUCGACGCUUUUAACCAGAGUAAAGUGGUGGAGCUGCUGAAAGAUGGAGGAAGUGGAGGGGCCGACAGACGACACAGCAGGGAGGGAGUCAGUGGACCUGGAGGACAGCGAGGGGAGAAUGAAGGGGACGACUCGGCUGAAUGGAACGGGGAUGGUAAUGGGUCUCUGCGUCGCAGUGGCUCCUUCGGGAAACUCCGUGACGCUCUGAGGAGGAGCAGCGAGAUGCUGGUGAAGAAGCUGCAGGGGAACGGACCUCAAGAACCCCGCAACCCUGGAAUGAAGAGAGCCAGUUCCCUCAACUUCCUCAACAAGAGCACAGAGGAGCCCACACAGGAUGCUAACACGGGAUUAUCAGACUGCAGAGGAUUAAGCGCCAGUAACGUGGACCUUACCAGACGCAGCUCUCUGCUCGGUUAGACGGCGGCGACGGGAGGAGGAGGAAGUGCGGCGGCGAGGAGAGGCUGAUAGCAGCUCGGUUUGAUCAACCAAACACACGUAGCGCAUAAACACUUGCACUCGCAGCGUAUUUUUAAAUGAACAACAACAAAACAUCACAGUACUAAACAUAAUCCUGUACGACACGAGUCGCUGCCGUCGCUGCUUCACUGUACAAACGUGAAACACGAUAUUUAGAUAAACAUUUAUCAGCAUGCUGCUUACUAGAGUGGAACCUGAACGCCUCGCUGCACCGUAGCAAAAACACCGUAUCCACAUUGUGACGGGACCGACAUUCAGCCGUAGACGAGCUAAAAAGGUGUGUGUUAGUAUCCAUGUCAGAGAUCUAUAUAUUUCACCUGUAGCAUGAAAUCCAAUUUAUGUUUAAAAAAAAAAACAACGUACAAUCCAACUUCGACGUGAAAGAUGCCGAUGGGUACGAGCGAUCUUUCAACAAAACGGCACUAAUCAUUCAAACCUCACUUUUUGCCUUGUUUUUCUUUUUUAUGUAUAUACAGUUAAAUUAUUUCAUUUGUAUAUAGUACAUUUCUUUUGUUGACACUUUAUUGUGUUUAAGUGAAAAAAAAUACAGCUGAAAUUAAGGAAAAGCUGAACUUUAUUGAUCCUGGUGUAAAUGUUGAGAAAAAUAAAUACAACUCAAACACAGAAAAGUACAGAUUUUUCAGAUUCAAACUCCCAAAGUACCAAAAAGCACUUUGACCAACAUGAUACUCUUAACCGACUGUGGUCAUUUUCAAAGGAUCUGCCGAUAAACGUAGAGUUUUAGCGGGAAAUUUCAACUUUUUCCGCUGCCGCUACAUUUGCGUUAGAAGAAGAUUAAUUGGUGAUCGAUUUCUUCUCCAUAUGAAUAUUAUUCCAAUUUCAAAUCAAGUAAAAGUCUGGAAAGAAACAUUGUGGAGGAAUAAUCAAAGCAGUGUAUUUGAAAGCAUGAUCAGUCUUUCUUCGCUGGUGCGGGUCUAAUCUGAUGGACUCUUUAAUCCAGUUACAUCAUGAUAUAAUCAAAUUUUCAGUGGUUUAAUCAACUUGGACCUUAAAAACCUUUCCCGUUUCCAGUCAGUAGGGAUGGACUUUAUAUAAUUUUUGUCCAACAGAUGGAAAUACACUCCAGCCUUAAAUCACAAAGCUUUCCUUGUCCCUUGUAGUUAUACAUGUUGACCGCUAGAUGGUACAUUGCGUUGUUUCUUAGUUUAUAAAUGUAUAUUCAAAAUACAGUGGUUAUUUAUUCUGUGUUAUUAUUGUUAGACCGUGUACAGGGAGGGUUUGAGGAAAAACACUGGAAAAAAGUUUGUAACUAUAUUUUUUUCCGGUUUUGUUUACGUUCAUUCAUGGGAUUCUUUUUUAUAUAUUUUGUUUCCUGUUGCUGAAUCAUCGUCACUUUGUAUAAAACAAUCAGUUUUGGUUUUUUAUCAUCGGUCACAAUCAAACAUUCGCAGAAAUCUGACUGAUCGUCCUCCAUGUAGUGAAUUUUUCUUGUUGAAGCUUUUUUUUUCCCCAUUAUGAGUUUUUUGAUUAAAUGGUGGGAUUAAAGUAUGUGUUAGCAUUUUUCUUUGUUUGCGCUAUGAAAGUAUCAGGAGAUAAAACUCCACCAAAAUGAGACAACACAAAGAAUGUACACGUUUUCAAUUUAAUCCGACUCAGUUUUCUAUCAGGUCGUUCAAGAAAAAUGUGACGCGAGUGACUUUUAAGAAGAAUCUGCAGGUUUGUCCAGGUGCGUUCACACCGUCGCAUUCACAUGCCGCAAUACCCUAAAGUCGCUUUUGCCGAGUCUAAAAAAGUGCUAAUUAAUCUAUCAGCUUCUGAUUGUGCUAAACGUGAUUCUGUCGCAGAUUACGGAUCGUAACGAAGGAUGAGUACGUGUUAAACGGAAAGGAGUCGUCGGAAGUGUGUUUUGAAAAGAAAAUGGAAAAGUGCUUCAAGUGUCAUUCGUAAGCGAAUAAUGUAUAUAAUUAUCCGCGUCAUACCGUUUUUAUAUGUGAGUUUCCUGUAAAUGUCGCAUUCACACAAGAUCACAACACAAGUGUAAGCAGGAAAGUUGGUUUGUCGUUGAAGGUCUGAAAUAAAAUAAAAUACACACAAUACCAAUAUUGUUAAUUCUGUUCUGGUUGUUUUACAAAUAUAUAUGUUUUAAUGUUAAGCAACACAGUUUAGAUUUAGUAUAGAAACGAUAAAAGUGCUGCAGUUGUAAAUAUUUAAACCAGAAACGACAUCGCAGGAGGAUUUUGGACCCAACGUUUUGGUCUCUGUUGUACAAAUAUUUAUGGUGACGAAUAUUAGGGCUGCAACUCAUUAUACAAUCGUUCUCUGUGGAUUAAUUAAUGUGUGGAUUAUUUUGCUGAUAAGUUUGCUCCAUUGAAAAUGGCGAUACAUUUGAAUGGUGUUUGAUCGACGUCCACCAACCAAAGAUAUUCAGUUUACCAGGAGGUAUUUGCAUUUAAAGCCACAGUACAUAACUGAUAAGCCCGUUCAGUGUUGUCUUUUUUUGUCUGUGUAGCAGAGUUUUGGUCUUCUGUCACCUGGUGACAUUCCCACGCUGCACACAGGAAGUGAUUUACUAGGAGGCAACGGCAACUCUGGGCGAGGAAAGCAAGACGACUGCAAACCCAAAACAGAGGUGUCCACAAACGGUUUGAGAAGUGAAUUUUUACUGUUAAACAAAUAUUGAAUUAAUAACGCAACACUUGACCCACAAUCAAAAUACCCAAACUGCAAAUAAAAUAUAGAUGUCAACUUUCAAAAUGAUCAGAAUUUAUUUGUUUGAAAUACACUUUGUAAUGAUUGGAAAUUGAAUCGCUUGCGCCGACUCUUUUGCGUUUGUGCUCCAAACUUGUUUUCUUUGCUCUCCCUGGCCUUUUUGUUUGCAAGCCUGACCAUGGGCGGGGCCUUAGGAAGCUAUCUGCUGAUUGGCUACGGAGUGUUGGCGUGACCGCUUAAUUUGACAAGCAUUAGAUACCGACAAUUGUUUAAAAUGAUUACAAUUAAUAAGUAACUUGUCGGAUUUUAGCAGGGAAAACUUCAGAUGUAAUAAGCAAAAAGUGUAUAUUCAAAUAAAUAAAAUACAAUAACUUUGAUUAAAAUGAUAUUUUGUUUUUGGUGUUUUGAUACAAAUCUAAUUCCAGAAAAAUGCAGUUUGACUGGAUAAAUGCUGCUUGUGGUCAUGGUUUGAGCUCCCAAAAAAUGUCCCAAACAACCAAAAAUCGUUAAUUGAUGACCAAAAUUGUUUGCCGGUUAAUGAAGUCGAGAGUUGCAGCCCUAAUUAAUACUUGUGUUCAGAGCUGGAUGAGGGUUACUGUGUGUGUGUGUGUUUAUGGGGGUUUACUGUUAAUUUCAGCUUCCAUUUUACUGAUGACUGUACGUAGGCUCUUAUUGUGAAGGAGUGUAUUUUAUCAGAGGUUCAAUAAAAACAAAGUUCCACUUUUCAAAA